UUAGUUUCAUAUUUAGUCGGAACAAGAAAAUAUGUGCUGUAAAAUUAUAAUUGAUUAAACAAGAAUUCUUAAAGUGGAAACAUGAUAAAAGUGAUUUGCUGCUUGAUUGCAAUACUUUUUCAGACUUCAGUUUUAUCAGAAGAAUACAGUUAUGAUGAAGAAGCAUCUAAAGAGAAGAGCAAUGGGGAUGGGAUCCGUCUAGUGGGAGCUGCCAGGGCUGACACUGCCAAAUUUCCAUUUGUUAUAGGCUUUACAUUAACAGCAAUGAAAAACCGUGACUUUUCACAAUGCACAGGAUCAGUUAUUUCUAAAGACUGGGUGUUGAGUGCAGCACAUUGCAUUUUAGCCUUGGUUGACACCAAGGACUUGAAAAAAUGUGCGGAACUAACUGCAAACGGACAGUUUCACCUAAACAAAAUGGGAUCUAAAGUAAAGUGUUCAAUUACUGAGAGUGGUGACAUCAAAAUUUAUCCUGUAGUACCACAUGCUGAGGCAUAUAUUGGUAUAAAUGAUGUAAAUGACAGGGCAAGCGUGGAUAAAGGUGAAAAAAUACGAAUAGAAUACAUUGUACGACACAGAAACAGUUACAGAGGAGGUGGAAACUAUGGAACAUUCGGUGGAUAUGAUAUAACUCUCUUAAGAUUGGUUUCCCCAACAAAUGUGCUACCAGCUUGCCUUCCAGCCCCAGGUUUUCAAGACUCAGGCCUUGGACAAGGAUUUGAUAAUAUUCAAAAUGUUAUGCUAGCAGGGUAUGGAAGAUAUUACAGGGAACCCUGUCAAACUGACGAGCUUGGCCCAUCUCCAAACCAUUACUGUGCUAAACAAUCAAAAUGUAACACCGAAGAAAAUCCUCCUGUCAGUGCUACAUGCAACAAAUUUCUUACUAAUAAUCCUGAAGUACAGCAAGAGUUUAGUGACAAAAACUUACAUAAGAUUACAUUGCAGAUACAAGGAAAGGCUCCAGUGGAUUGUUUUAGAAAAACAUCUUAUCAGGAGGGAUCAAAAGGCUGGUGCCAAGUGUCAGAUGAUGCUACUACAAUAGGAGAGAUAACUGGAACUUCAUCAUGGGGGUUCUGUAGUAAAGAUUGUUUUCUUAAGGAUUCGGAGUAUGUAGAACCUGACUCAUCUGUUUUCAGAAGCAAAGAAAAUGUUGAUAUUCUAAAUGAUGAGCUUUGUAAUAAAUUUCUCAUUGCUUCUUAUGGUGGGAUAAAUCCUGAAUAUCUUCCAGAAGUAUUGUGUAUAGGUUAUUACAAAAAAUCAAACGUGAAAACUUACUCAAUAUCACCAGGUGGAAAACCCUUGGCUGGCAAAGAUGAAUCAUAUCCUUAUGUAACCUCUGCAGGAACAUGUAACGGGGAUUCUGGUGGACCAGUAUUUGUCAAAGAUGCCAAAUCGGAUCGAUAUGUUGUUCUAGGAGCUGUUAGUGGUGGGAGGGGAAGAUUAGGAAAAUGUGGAGGAAUGAAUAACCCUACACAUUAUGCAAGAGUUAUCAAAUUAACUGAUUGGGUAAAAGAAGUAAUGGGCCCUGAUAGCAAAGAUGUAUGUGAGGUUGGAGGUGAUAAACCUACUGCCACUCAGCCAGCUGUACAAGCAGCUCCCCUUGCACAGCAAGCAGCACCCCUUUCACAGCAAGCAGCUCCCCUUGCACAGCAAGCAGCACCCCUUGAAAGGCAAGCAGCAAGUCAAGCAACUGCACCAACUCUACAAGCAGCACCUAAAAGGGCACUAAAUGCUGCAAGACCUUCAGCAGGAGUUCCCAAAAGGGCUCCAUUAGGAGGAAAAUUAAGGCCCAGGCCAAUAAGUGGAAAAGCAGCAAACUACUUAGAGAAGCUUAAAGAUGAAAUUAGACAAGCAGUUCGCAAACAAAAAGCGAAAGGCAGGGCAAGGAGAGCUUCACCCAUAAUUGAAUACAUUUAAAGAUUAAAUAACAUGUUAAUUGGACCUACAAGAUUUUGUAUAUAAACUCUUGUAACAAAUUUUUAAUGAGAAAUAUACAUAUUUUAUUGAUA